CUGGCAACAUUGAUUAAAAAAUAAAUUGACAUCCGAACGGUGAGGUAGUCUCUUUUUCUGUUUUCAGUCCUUAUUUAUAGUGAAAAUUACGCGAUUUUCGUGAUAGUUUGUCGCAAAUUACACCAUUUUGAUGCCUAAAUUGUACUGAGGUAUAGCGGAGGGCUGUAUUGGCGCACUGUUAACAACAGCGAUGGUAAUGGAGGCGUCCCCGUCCCCGCAGAGCGUUGGCCGCGAGUUUGUCCGCCAGUACUACACGCUGCUCAACAAAGCGCCCGCCCAUCUGCAUAGAUUCUACAACAACUACUCGUCGUUCGUUCACGGUGGUCUGGACGCGCCCAACCGCGAGACCCUGCCCGUCGUCGGCCAGAAGCAGAUACACAACCGCAUACAGCAGCUCAACUUCCGCGACUGCCAUGCCAAGAUCAGUCAGGUGGACGCGCAAGCGACGCUGGGCAACGGCGUGGUGGUGCAGGUGACGGGCGAGCUCAGCAACGGCGGAGCACCCAUGAGGCGCUUCACGCAGACCUUCGUGCUAGCAGCGCAGUCGCCCAAGAAGUACUACGUCCACAACGACAUCUUCCGUUACCAGGACAUAGUGUUCUCUGACGAGGAGGGCGAGGGCUCCGGGCGGUCGGAGGGCGAGGAGGAGGAGGCGGGCGGCGCGGGGGGGUACUUCCCGCCGCCGCCGCCGCCGCCCGCGUCGUUCCCCGCCGCCGCCUUCCCCGCGCCGCCCCACCUGCCCCACGUGUCGCCCCCCGCGCCCGCCCCCGCACCCGCCCCCGCGCCCGCCCCCGCCCCGGUCAACGGACACCCGCCCCACGACGACGCCAGGCACCUCGUGUCGGCGCUCCAAGUUCCAGCUGCGAGCUUGCCGAGCGGCGUGGUUGAGCGCGAACUGGAGCCUGAACCGAGCGCGGUGGCAGCGCCCGAGCCUGUGCCCGAGCCCGAGCGAGAGCCCGAACGAGAACGGGAGCCUUCUCCGCCACCACAACCUGCGGUGCCGGCGGCGGCGCCCGAGCCGAAGACGUACGCGAACCUGCUGAAGUCGGGGUCCGGCGGCGGCGCCGCGCCCCCCGCGGGCCCCGCGCCGGGCCCCGGGCCCGCGCCCUCGGGCCCCGCCGCCCCGCCGGGCCCCGCGCCCGCGGCCGCGCGGCGCUACUCCGACUCGCAGCAGCUGUUCCUGGGCAACCUGCCGCACAGCGCCACCGAGGAGGCGCUGCGCGCGCUGUUCGCACGGUUCGGGCCCGUCGCAGAGCUGCGGGUGCACGGCAAGCCCGGCGGACACCACCCCAACUACGGGUUCAUCACCUACGAGACGCCGCAGGCCGCGCAGGACUGCCUCCACGCAGCGCCGCUGUUCUUCCCGCCGGACAGCGCGGACGGCGUGAAGCUGAACGUGGAGGAGAAGAAGGCGCGCGGACGAGAACCGCCGCGCCGCCGCCCGCUGUCCACGCACCGCGCCGCCUUCCAGCCGCGCGCCGCCUACCGCCGCUAGCGGGGCCCCCA